AUGACGGACUUGACGAGCAACAACAGUUUGGAUAAAGGGUCGGUUGGUAGAACUAAAAAGUUUGCAGCCGAGGAAGCAUUGAUUAAGGUUCUGCAGGAACCGAAACUAGUUGCGAGUGAUCAGUAUCGACUCGAGGCUGAGGUGACUGGGCCGCGCAUUGACAAUGAAGAGAAAACAACUGGCAACACCUGUGGCAGUUGUGGCAAUUGUGGCGGUGUUGGUGUUGGUGUUGGUGUAGGUGGUGGUGGUGGUGGUGAACGUGUUCAUGAAGAGCCCAAUUAUCAUCCUUCUUCCUCGACACAAGUGGACACUGAGUCCUCCGGAAACAAGUCUGCCACGUACUCCAAAUGCAAUCGUGAUCGGAAUGAAGGCGAUAUCCAACCAACCAAUUCGCGGAUUAAAAACGUGGACGAGUUUGAUGUCAAGCAGAAGCAAGCUAGAGAAGGCGCGCCGGCGUCUAGUGGUGCAGACAAGGCUUCUUCUGCAGAGGGACAAAAGACUCCUGCUCAGCAGAGUCACGAUGGCCCCGUGACGAGCAAUACCGGUUCGGCGUCAACAAGGUCAACCAAGUUUAGCCGAAUGGUGUUGCUCUCAUCGCUCAAGACGUGGUUUAACUUUAAAGACUUUGGCGUAAAGAUUACUGAUGAGGUCAAGAGUAUUGAUUCCGAGGGCGCGACAACGGACAUGUCGCUGCACGAGUGUCUCACCCAGUUGCCCAAUAUCCCCUUUCAAUACCGCCCAAAGGAGGUGAAUGGGUUUGGCAUCCUUUCUCAAUCGCAGUCGUUGCCAUCCAAGAUCAAACGGCAGUUUGAAUUGCUCUUGACGUCGGCUUUGCAAUUGGAGUUGGAGUUUUGCCAGUUCUUGGAGAUGUUGCACGAACGCUCCAAACGGCAGGAUAUCCGAAAUAUAUUUCUUUCGCAGUUUGACAAGAUGCAUCGGGCGUUGCCCUUUACAGUGGAGUACUUGAAUGCCAAUGACGACAUCAGCGAAGAGAUGUCGUUGCAUUUGAAGGUUCUAUUUGGCGAUAUCUUCAAUAACAAUUUUGUUGUUUGGAUUGCAAACAAGUUUGAAUAUAACCAAUUUAGCAGGAGGUUUAGAAAAACGGUGGUGGAGGUAUUGAGAAAUGACUACCAGUUUGAUAUCAGCUACAGAAGGGAAACUUUUUACAGACAGAUUAUCGCCGCUAGCUUGAUCCAGUGGAGACGGCAUAUUCCAUUUUCGGACUGA